CGCGCCGCGUAAAUAUCAGUUCGUUUUCUAGAAAGGUUGUCGUUGUCGAUUGUGAUUUUCGGAAGUUUUUUUCCUCCGGUGAGGACAGUUGCCGCCAAUCUGCCCGGCAAGGAAGUUGCGUUUUCGGUGAUUUUGCUGUUCUGGGGGGUGUCUAGUCUAGUGGAGUGUGUUUGGCUCUAAGGAAUACUGCAUUCGUGCAAGUGCACUUUGAGUUUGAGUCGUCGUUCUGAUUCGAUCUGGGGGCCCUUGGGGGGAAAUUCGAUACCUUGGCCCUAGCAGUCGUGCAUGAAGUGUGUUUGUGCGAAAAAAAAACAACAAACUAACUUACUAGCUGGGGGGAAGACGCGACUUGUUUCUGGGUUUGUCAAGAACGAACAGUAUCGUUUCUGGGGAGAAGAGACAUAUUAGUUUUGUCAUUUUGCGGUGUGUCUUUCAGAGUCAGUCGACGAUUGAGGUUGGUAUUUGUGCCGGAGACGGAUUUUAUGUAACGUAACGCAACGCAAGUAAGAUAUCUGAACUAGAACUCGAGCAGGGUGUUCGGGGUAAUCGAAUUAGGUCUCUUCUCUGGGUGGCUUGGUGUGGAGGCUUGAGCGUUGCGAGGAGUGGUUUUGUUCUGGUGAGGAUUGAUUUUGGUGAGCAAAACAAAAACAUUGGCAAGUGAAUCGGAUUCAGUGUGGGUUGUGACACUCGAGGUAGUCGGUCAUAGUCGGUGUUAGAAUUGUGGCCUGGAUUAGCCAGUCCGGGACGACUCAGCAGCGCGAUGAGUAAGGUUGAUGCAGAGGACAGUCCGGUGGAGAUGUCGGUUGAGACGGUUUCCCCGACGGCAUCGGAUGUGGGAUCGAUGUCGGAUUCCCCCGUUCGGACACAGGAUCAGUUGAAGAAGAAAAAGAAACGUGGGCUGUCGUUCAAAAAGAUCCGUAGCAAUGCUCAAAAGUUGAUACCGGGCAGGAAAAAGGGUGAAAAAGGAGAGGCUGAAGGUGAGUCGAGUCAGGAAGGUCCUCCUCCUUCGCCUCCGCCCACGCCUAAGCUGACAGAAAUGAAGUCCACCGAAAGUCUGCCGGCAAUCAAAGAGGAACAACCGCCCCUUCAGACAACCAAAUCAAUUGACGAGCUUAGCGGAGACCGGAAACCCAAAAAGGCACGGAAACCUAGUCGGGCGGCAAGUUUCGUGAAGAAGCUCGCCGGACGGAAGGCCAAAGUGGCUCCGAAUCCAGCCAAACCGACCUCCGGAGAGGACGAAAUGUCCGCCUCGACCUCGGAGACUCCGCUAAGCAUCAAGCGACGAACUCCGGAGGGCGCAAAUCUCAGCGUUUCGGAAACUAGCCUUUAUGAGCCUGGUGGCGAGAAACCCGUUGAAUCCUUCAAGAUCGAACAACUCGAGCGGGAACCCAAAGUCGUGCGAACUAUUUCACCCAAAAGAACCGAAAUGAAACUCACGCUGAUCAACAACCAACAGCCAUCCGAAAGUAGCAGCACCGAGGGAAGUUCUAAGGCUUCUUCCGUAGGAGGUGUACAAUUACAAUCGACGGCGGCUUCAAUGAAUGCUGCUCCCUCUCCUUCACUUUCGUCAUCGUCCUCGGCGGCCUCUCCUUCCCUCUCGCCGCCCUCCAGUCCCCAGACAUCGGCCGGCACUGGCGAAGUUGAUAAAGCGACCCGACCAACCUCAUCAGUCGCAAGUGUUGGUGAGUCGAGUUCGGAUGCUACUGCUGCUGCCAGUGCCGCCAAUAUCAGCUCCGAAAAUCCUAACCCAAUUAGCUUGGAUCGCCCAACGAAAGUUAUAACGACGGCCAUCGACGGAAGCAUCGCCAUUUCAUCCAACAAGGAAGUGAUUAGGCCGACCACAACCGGAACCACCAUCAGCCAGCUGCUCAGUGGAGACUACAUUGCGGAAAUAAACAAAUUUUCUAUCGAAAAAAUAAGUACCGUUGACAAGAGUCUCAUCACACCAACCCCAAGGGAAAGAUUUUUCCAAUCGCCGCUAAACGGAAACGCAACCCAACUACAAUCACCCCAAGAUCCACCGGAAGCCGACAACGUCAUCGAAACGCUCGAAGUCGACGAUAAUACCCUCAAAGUCGACGCCACCCCACCGGAAGAAUCUCAACCCCAGCAGCCACCACCACAGCCAGCAGCAACAACAACCUCAUCCGCCACCUCCCGAUUCAAAAACAUUUUUAUGAAGAAGGAUACACAGAAAAAGUCCUCAGCCUCCACACCGAGCACCUCCACCGGCUCUUCCUCCUCCAGCAGUCCCCCGACCCCGGCACAACAACAACAACAACCGGACCCACCCGGAACCAACCUCCCGAAAAAACCAACCUCCCCCACAACAACAGUCCGGACCCAAGAAGCCGCCAAACCUUACCAGCUUGGAAAUAACAUCAAAAACCCCAAUCUCCCGGGCUUCAAAUCCUCAGAACCCAAUUCGCUAUUAGAAACCUCGGAAAAACCGGACCCAAUCGUAUUCAACAUCGGCAGCAAGGUCCGACCGAAUCGCACCUCCAGCGCCAAACAACCUUCGGAAGGUUCCAAACUCCUAGCAACCGAUAUUCCAGUCGCCCCCCUUUCCGGCAACUUUAACGCAUCCAAAUCUCUCGAGGAGUCUUCGUCACUGUCCGCGGCCGACGGUCCUCUCAGUGAAAACUCGCGCCGGCGGAUCGCGUACGUUGCGCAGCCGACGCUGUUUACCCCGGAGGAGGAGGAACUGGCCCGGGGCCGGCCAUCGUUGGCGUCUAGUGCCGGAGGGGGAACGGCAACCGAGGGUGACUUUUCGAUCGAGAAGUCCAGUGAUUUUCUGGAAGCGACAGCAACCGGUAAAAUGUCACCCCACGGAGAUCUGCUGCUGGACAAGGGUAGCGAGAAUUUGAACAUGGCAGCGCCGACGGAGAAGCACGAGCACCUGUACAAAAUCCUGGUCAUUGGCGAGCUGGGUACCGGGAAGACUUCAUUCAUCAAGCGCUACGUCCAUCAGUUCUUCACCCAGAGCUACCGGGCCACCAUUGGCGUCGACUUUGCUCUGAAGGUGCUCAACUGGGACCAGAACACCAUCAUCCGGCUGCAGCUGUGGGAUAUUGCCGGUCAAGAGCGAUUCGGCAACAUGACCCGGGUCUACUACAAGGAAGCGGUCGGUGCAUUCAUCGUAUUCGACGUGACACGAAGUGCGACCUUCGAUGCCGUAAUCAAGUGGAAGAACGAUCUGGACGCCAAGGUUCAACUUCCGGACGGCAAGCAGAUUCCCUGCAUAUUGUUGGCCAAUAAGUGUGAUCAACCCAAGCAAGGUAUGGUGACGACACCCGCAAAACUGGACGAAUACGUGAAGGAGCAUGGGUUCGCCGGCUGGUUCGAAACGUCCGCCAGGGACAAUAUCAACGUUGAAGAGGCUGCCAAAUCUUUAGUCACUAAGAUUCUGAUGAAUGACAAACAGAUCAGCGCCGGCGAAAUCGUCGAAUCGGACCGGUUCACUUUGGGCCACUCGAGACCGGACGCCAAUCAGAAGAAAUCCUGUGCCUGCUGACGAUCCAUCCACUUUUACAAAAACACACAAAUACACCGAGAGACACUCAUGGAAAAGUCCAACGCCGGAACCAAUACACAGCAGCAUGUCCGGCAUCAUCUUGAAGAUGGCAGCACAUGUCAUUGGAGCGCCACGUUAUUGCGUCCCUUAGCAUCUUGGUUUUGUCGUGUUUGUUUUGCGUUUUAAGCUCGAUAUUUUGUCUAUUCUUUUAUAUUUUGUUUUAAAUAAGUCUCACUGAUUCAUUUUACAAUUUGAUGCAAUAAUUUUACAACACAUAAAAACCGUGUAUCACACACACACAGACUCAAAAAAAAAGAAACACAUCCAUAGCUGUAAUACAAAAGUUGAUAGUGCAAACUAGCAGAAAAAACGGAACAAAGCGAACGCUUGCCAAUAGUCCAACGCUUGGUUUUGGAAACAUAGUGUGAAAUUCUCUACUUAAAUAUAAAAAUACAAACUUUUCUAGAUGGCAAAAGAAGGAAGCUUUACGCUUUGAGAUAUUCCAAAUUAUACAAAAAAAUAUACAUAUUUAUGUUAUACACAUGCCAAAAAGAAAAAAAUCUAUGUAUGUAUUGAAGCUGCUAGAACAAAAAAGAAAACGAACGACCAAUGGAAUAAAAACAAGAGUUGUUUGUGUCAAAAUAUAUGUUCAAGUCCGUGUAGCUGUCCAGCGAAACGUAACCGCCAUUAAGCAAACGAGUAAAAAAAAAAACAAAAAAAAACAGAAGCUAUCCAUUUUAAGAACCGUACCAUUGUUAAGAUGAAAUGAAAAAUGCCUACAAAAUUUUAACGUAUCAUUGUUGAAUAAACUAUGUGACAGUUGAUUGUCUAUAA